CCUCCUCCUUCAUCCCCUCCUCCUGAGGAAGGGGGGAGUGUUUCCCUCUGGUCCUCAGUCUUAACACUUCGCAAAGCUCUGAGACGCCACACUGAGCUCUGGAAGCUAACUGUGACGGACAAAAGCCACACACACACACACUCACACACACACACUUGGCAUGGAUAGCAAAGUUCUAGCGCUGGUGGCCCUGCUGACGCUCGCCAUACGGAGCCCAGAGACUGACGCUAAACCCAUUAGUCUGGUGGAGAGAUGUUGGUGUCGGUCCACUCUCAACACCGUCCCGCAGAGGAGCAUCCGUGAGAUUAAGUUCCUCCACACACCCAGCUGCCCGUUCCAAGUCAUUGCCAAGCUGAAGAACAACAGAGAGGUCUGCAUCAACCCCAAGACCAAAUGGCUUCAGCAGUAUCUAAAGAAUGCCAUUAACAAAAUAAAGAAGAAGCGUUCAAAGUAAACACGCGAGGAUGUGCGAGGAGGACCAUAGUGCAUCUCUGACCUCUAAAGAGGCGCACGUCCUCGUCCCUCGCUCUCUAAGAUCACUCUUCCUCUUUCUGGACUGCUUGCACAAACAGCACUUCACCUAAACCAGCCUGCAGCUCACCAAAACACAACCAAACACCUUCAUCCCGACGCACUGCUACUGCUGGCUGUGACUAUUUACUGGUGCACGAGUGUGUGUAUGAGUGGGCAAUGGGCGAACGUGUGAAUGGGAAGGCAAGAGAAAUAUUUACUGGUUUUCCGCAAUUUAAAGGGCAGUAAAAAUGAGUUUGUGGAUUUGUGUCAUAGGGAUGUUUAACCUUUAGAAUAGUUUGGGAUUAAUAAGGGAUGCAAGCAAGUGAAAAAGACGCAGAAAGUUCAAGCUCACUUUGGCUGUAGUGUUUAAAAGCACACAGCACACAUGAAUGAUCUAGCAUGCUAACGCUAGCUCCGUUCCAAAACCUAAUGAGCCGCCUGUCUAGACACCAAAUGCGAAAAACGAUGAAAUAAACUUCCUUUUAUUACAUUUAUGUCAGUAUCAGUUGUAUUUCACAAAUGAUGCAAUCCCAGAAUGUACCGCAACAAGCUCAAUUCAAAAUACAAGCAGGCGGACGUGGAAAGCAAUUCAUAAAUAUUCUCAAAUUUCUUUCAACACUAAAUAAAAAGUUAACAAUGGACUAUUGUUCCCUGUAUUCUUAUAAAAUGCGCAAUUAGCUUAGCAACAUGCUAACGCCAAACUGUUUGGAAUCAGUUGUGAGCUGAACAUUUUUGUGGAACGUUUCAAAUCAGUCACUCACAAAGUUCCAUCACGGUUUACACGACACAAAUUUCAAACAUUUUAUGCGUUUUGGCCAUUCAUUUAUAAGACAACGCCGCUUUGACGGCCUGAAAACGUGCUUCAAAGUGCAUGUUUUUGUCGUGUAAACAACAAAAAUGCGAAUUUGUGAAAACAUUUUCAGCCUAUGGGCGUCUAGUGUUUCUUUACAAAGUGACAUCGCCAUCUACCGGCCUGGCAUGAAUAAUACAACGUUUUUAGUCGUUUUUUUUUUUCCCGGAGAUCGUUGUCAUCUCUAUGCGAUUAAUGCCAAGGAAAAACAUUCAAGCUCAAUUCAAAAUCCAAGCAGGCGGACUCAAAUUUCUUUCAAUACUAAAUAAAAAGUUAACAAUGGACUAUUGUUCCCU